UCUCCAUGCAUGGAUGUAGAUGAUUCCCCACCCCGUUAUCACAGCAUGAUGCGCUCGUCUGCUGUUGAACGUGCUCGGCUUCUGUUCGGUGUUUUCCGUGACUCCGCCUCCAGGCCAGCCCUCCCGUUUGUUGUCAGGGGCAACUGGAAGAGACGCUUUUUCCUCUCGGGAGUGGAACGCAACACAACACAGGAUUUUAUGAUCGAUGAUUUCUGGUACAAGUUUAAGCAGCUGUAAGACGGCGUCUGUUGGCAGAACACUAGGGAUAUGGCGGUGUAUUUUGACCACCGCAUUGAGGCCCCUGAGUGUAGUGAGGUGCCCUCUCAGGUGGCAUGGCACUCCACUCUGCCUGUCCUGGCUGUGGCAUCAAGCAGCUCCACCUCUGGAGGCAACGUGGACCUCUACCUGCAGCAGGGAGAGUUUGUGGAGAGCUGCCAUGUGAACCGUCCUAACCAGCCCACAGUACUGCGCUGGCACCCCAUCAAGCCAGUGCUGGCGCUAGGCUGGGAGAAUGGAGAGGUGCUGCUGCUGACACAUCCCUCUGGAGAUCAGACAGUCCUACCCAACACACAUAACGCCUCCAUCACACUGCUGGAGUGGAGCAGCUCUGGCAGCCGCUUGGUCACCGGGGAUCAGAUGGGUGUGCUAGCAGUAUGGAAGCUAGAUGCCAGAGGGAGACUCCAGGGAAACCAUCUAGUGAAGCAUGAAUACAACAAACCCUUAACAUGCUGCAUCUUCAGGCCUGCCCCACCUGGCGAUGAUGUGGCAAAGCUGGCCCGAGCAUCAGUGAGUGGAGAUGAGAGUGCUCUAGACAAGUUCAGCUGGAAGGGAGCACCUCUAAAGAUGGGCCCCCAGGAGGGACUUAUGUUCUACGUCAGCACCACAGAUGGUAAGGUCUACAGUGUGGAUGAGCGUGGUAAGACCAGUGCACUUCUCAGUGUGGAGGGCUCCAUCCUGAAACUCUUCUACCAUGAGAAGAGAGAGGCACUUGCUGUGAUCACAGAGACCUUGAUGCUGUCGCAGUACACGCUGGGACCAGAGGGAGGAGCCCAGGAACUCAUGAAGGUCAAGUUGAGCAGCAAGAGUGGGCAGAAUACAGAUAUUGUCUGGACAGAGAAUGGCCUCCUCAUCACAGCGACAGGGGAGCAGGUCAUCAGGCUUUGGGACUUGGAAAGAGAUGACAACUAUGUUUUGUCUCUUGACGAGACUCUGGGGUUUGAGAGAGGAGAGAUCAUCAACUGUGUUUCAUACUGUGCUGGAAAAGAAAUCCUGGCAGCUGGCACCAGCCACGGGCGGAUAGCCAUGUGGAGGAUGGUGGUGCAGCCCGGUAGCAACAGAAAUGACACCAAGGGCCAGUGGAAAUUACAGACGCCCACUGAGAUAGAGGGAAAUGUCAUUCAGCUAAGGUGGGGCUCCAGCUUGAAUCUGCUGGCAGCCAACAGUUCAAGCACCGUGCUGAUCCUGUGUGAGCAUGUGAUGUCGGCCCACUUCAGCCAGCAGGUGGCGGCGGUGCAGGUCACCCCCUCCCAGCUCAGCAUCGCUCAGUACAACACAGGAAUGCACCUUACUCUCCAAUCUGACAUACACAUCAAAGGAGUCUGUGUUACCAAGGACUCAGUGACAGUGUGGAGUGGCAAGCAGGUCACUGUGUAUGAGCUUGCAGGAACAGCUCUUCGCAACACAGGAUCUUUCCCAUGUGAUUCCCAUGUGGUAGCUGUGCAUGAUGAGAACCUCUACACUGUGGAACCAAACAGGGUCCAGGUCCGAACGCCACAGGGCACAGUGAAGCAAUUACUGACGUUCUCCAAGACUGAAGGCAACCCUGUGCUGCUCAGUGUGUGUCAGGCCUACCUGGUUGUCGGCACGGACACAGCACACAUCAAAGUCUUUGACCUCACCAGAAGAGAUGCCAAAGCUCAUUGUAAUGCGAAGAACCUGGCAGACCAGAUUGCCAAUUUGGGAGCCCUGAGAUCCGUUAAAUGUAACGCCAGUGGCAACCAAGUCAGCAUCCUAAUCUCUCAGGUGAAUGGACGGCCUGAUCACAAAGUGUACUUCUAUGACCUCGAGAUGGACACUGUGACACACUUUGACUUUUUCACCGGCAGGCCGUCCAGUGGUUUGUCACAGCGGGAAGACAGUGAAAGGCAACAGUUCCAGGUGACAGAGCUCAGCGGUCGCUGCCCUAUAUCUCACUUCUGGGAUGAGAGCGAACCUCGUCUUUUUGUUUGUGAGACAGAGCCGAUCAGCUCUGAAUCCUUAUCAGCGAGUCACUCGGAUACGGUGGACAUUUCAGUGGUGACGCUCUUCUGCACUCAAGAGCAUGGACUCCUCCUACAAGACUGCUACCCCAAACCUGCAGGCCUACAGGCCCUCCUGGCUCUGGAUGUGCCCUUCUAUUAUUUCAGUUGCAAGCCUGGUGAGAGAGAUCCAGCGGAGGUUUCAGCCCCAGCUUCAGCCUCUCCACCUCAAACACAGGCAUCAAGACGAUCCUCAGCCCCGGUUCCUCAUUUGCCCCAUAUGGUGUCCAGACGAGCCCUCAGGGACUUUGUGGGACUUGAGAACUGUGAAAAGGCCACCCGGGAUGCCAUGCUCAACUUCAGCUUCUACUUGACCAUUGGUGACAUGGAUGAGGCCUUCAAGUCCAUCAAGCUCAUCAAGAGUAAGGCAGUAUGGGAAAAUAUGGCACGAAUGUGUGUGAAAACCCGGCGACUGGAUGUGGCACAAGUCUGCCUGGGGAAUAUGGGAAAUGCCAGGGCAGCUCGGGCACUGAAGGAGGCUGGGCCUGAACCAGAAGCCCAGGUGGCAAUGUUGGCCAUUCAGCUUGGCAUGCUGGAAGAUGCCGAAAAGCUGUACAAGGGCUGUCGGCGCUACGACCUCCUGAACAAGUUCUACCAGUCGUCUGGCCAAUGGCAGAAAGCGCUGGAGACAGCUGAGAACCAUGACCGCAUCCACCUGCGCACCACCUACUACAAUUAUGCCAGAUACCUGGAGGCCAUGGGUGACAAGAGCCUGGCUCUAACAUACUAUGAGAAUUCGGACACCCACAGGUUUGAAGUGCCCAGAAUGCUGCAGGAUGAUGCAUUAUCUUUAGAAAUCUACGUUAACAAAAUGAAAGACAAGAACAUCUACAAGUGGUGGGCCCAGUACCUGGAGAGCCAAUCAGACAUGGAGACAGCUCUGCGUUUCUAUGAGUACGCCCAGGAUUACCUCUCCCUGGUUCGAGUCCACUGCUACAAUGGAAACAUUCAGAAGGCGUCUGAGAUAGCCAACAACACAGGCGACAGAGCAGCAUCAUACCACCUGGCCAGACAGUAUGAGGGUCAUGACAAUAUCAAACAGGCAGUCCACUUCUACACCCGAGCUCAGGCCUACAACAAUGCCAUACGACUUUGUAAGGAGAAUGGGCUGGAUGAUCAGCUGAUGAACCUGGCUCUGCUCAGUAAUCCGGAGGACAUGAUGGAGGCUGCAUGUUACUACGAGGAGAAAGGAACCCAUAUGGAUCGAGCGGUGGUGCUCUAUCAUAAGGCUGGUCAUGUCUCCAAGGCUCUUGAGUUGGCCUUUGCCACCCAGCAAUUCUCUGCACUUCAGCUGAUUGCUGAGGAUCUAAAUGAGAACUCUGACCCCUCCCUUCUGGCACGCUGCUCUGACUUCUUUAUCAAACAUACCCAAUAUGAGAAGGCUGUGGAGCUAUUAGUAGCAGCCAAGAAGUAUUCCCAAGCCCUGCAGCUGUGUCUGGAACAGAAUUUGACCAUCACAGAGGAGCUGGCAGACAGUAUGGCCAUUACUGACUCUAAAGACUUGUCUGAAGAUGCCCGCAAGGAUCUGCUGGAGAGGAUUGCCGACUGCUGCAUGCGUCAGGGCAAUUACCACCUGGCCACCAAGAAAUACACACAGGCGGGCAACAAGCUCAAGGCCAUGAGAGCACUGCUGAAGUCAGGUGAUACUGAGAAGAUAAUAUUCUUUGCCAGUGUUUGCCGUCAGAAAGAGCUUUUCAUCAUGGCAGCCAACUACCUGCAGUCUCUGGACUGGCGACAAAAUCCAGAGAUCCUGAAGAAUAUUAUUGGUUUCUACACCAAAGGCAGGGCACUGGACUUGCUUGGUGGCUUCUAUGAAGCCUGUGCUCAGGUGGAGAUUGAUGAGUACCAGAACUAUGAAAAGGCUCUGAAUGCUCUCACUGAGGCCUACAAGUGUCUUUCAAAAGCCAAGGACCGUUCCUCCGGACAACAGGAAGUAAGACUGGCUGACUUGCAACAUAAAACCACUCUGAUCAAGAGGUUCCUCCAGGCACGCAGGUUGUAUGCAGAGGAGCCAGGGGAGGCGGUGCGGUUAUGUGAAGCCCUGCUGGAGGAGCCAGAGUUGGACUCUGCUGUCAGAAUCGGAGAUGCAUAUGGUUUCCUGGUGGAACACCACUGUCAGCAAGGCAGCUUCCAAGUGGCCUAUCGGAGGCUUGAGGCGCUCCAGAAGCUUUUGCCCUCCCAAAACAUACGGUACUACAUCAGUCAGGAGAGCCUGGAGGCACUGCAGAAAGCGCUGGGCGUGCACAUGGGCCAGGGUGACCGCAGAGACAGUGAGAGAGAGGAAGACGAGGUGGAGGAGGACUUAAGUCUGGGGUCUCACCAAGGCAACUGACCCUUAAUAAAAGAUGGCUCCUUUCAAAUAUACACCAGAUCUGUAUUUGAUGGAUUUCUACAAAACCUUAGACUUGUGUUUCAAAAUGUUCAAACAAAUGAUCUUACGAUUUUAACGUCUGGGAAAAGGGAACACUAUAUUGAGUUAUUUCAUGCAGCUAUUCAGUGUCAUUUCAUUUUCUGAAUGAAUUCGUAUCACUGAUGCUACUGGGAUGCUUGCCUUAUGCAAACGGGUGGAUGAGAGGUGGGCAAAUGCCUUCUUUUGCGCUGAAAUUUAUUUUUGAACUUUUGCUCUGAACGUGUUGUAAUAUAGAUCCUCAAGUUAUGGUUACAUGAUUAUUAUACUCUUCUUUUUUACUGAAGUAAAUUACUGAAUUCUGAACAAUUUGUUAUGCAGUUUUAUUGAAGUGGCGAUAAAUUGAAUCUCCUUUAAGUGUCAAAACACUCAUGUCUAUAAAAUAUUUUGCAGUUUUUGAUAACCUGUGAAACAUUUUGUAUUUAGUGUCAGAGAUUGUGAAUUCAUGUUUUAGCAGUCCGAUUUUGUACACUUUCUGAAAGUUCAUACGAAUGAAGGGUUUGUAAAAAGUAUUGCAUUUUUUUGUCACUUAAAGGGGUUUAUACAUUUUCCUUUAUAGUAUGAUUUUCAUCUGACGGUGGUACUUAUAGCACUCUGAAACUCUCUCUCUCUCUCUCUCUCUCUCUCUCUCUCUCUCUCUCUCUCUCUCUCUCUCUCUCUCUCUCUCUCUCUCUCUCUCUCUCUCUCUGAUACAACUAUUACCUUACCUGACAGGUUAAAUGAUGACUGAGUUAUUUCAUUAUCAAAUAAUGUAGAGUUAUUGUUACUCAAAUGACAGGGCAUAGAUUGUGCCAAAAGUUGUCUGGUGGGAUGUCAGCAAGAAUGAAACAUACAACUUUCGCCUGAGCCUUUCAAAAUAAAGGUAUUGUUGACAUUGUCUUGCAA